AGCAGGUAAGCAAGCAAGCAAGCUCAGAGACAGACAACACAGAGAGCGUUAGGCCCUUUCAACCAAUCGCAUGUACUGCUCCUUUGCCAUAACCCGUUCAUUCUCCCUCACUUUCUUUUUCCGUCUUCAAAAUCAAAUUUCAGUCCCACCCCCUUAACUCCGAGAAGGAGAGACAAAGGGACUAGAAGUACACCGAGAUAACCCAACCAGAAUCUGAAUUCCCCUUUUCUUCUCGCCACAUCAUCAAAUUGGGAUGACCCACGGACAUCUGCCUUCUCAGAUGCUAGCACCGGCCCAUCGGCAAGCAAUGAGAGCGAAGACGGAUACUAGUGGCUGUGGCUGGUGUUGUCCCACUUUCCUCUGCUUUGCUCGCCAACUGUUUGAAGAAUGGCCGAGCUGAAUCUUUGAAGAAUCCGGGCUUUUGGGGUAGCUGCAAAAGAUUGUUGCUUUUCAUAUUUUGUGAAGGAUGGCCACUGUGGCGAAGAAGGGCAGCGGAGGAAUUGAGAAGAGGAGAGAUGGGUCUGACUCCGCUGCUGUCAGCAGUAGCAACUGUGGGGAGUUGAGCUCCGAGGGAAGACGGAGCACUGCUGGUGCUGGGCCGUGUGGUUCUCCUUCCUCUAAAGGUCCUUUGGGUUGGCCGAUAAAGAAAGCCGGAGAGAGGAAGAGCUUGUUGUCAUCCGGCGGUGCAUUGGAGGAGACGAGGGAACUGGUACUUGGUUAGAGGAUUCGAAUUUACACAAGCUCAACUCGAGGAAUUCUGAUGCGGAUUUGAUGAAGGAGAGGUUCGCAAAAUUGUUGCUCGGAGAAGACAUGUCAGGUUCUGGGAGGGGUUGCACAGCUAUGGCUAUCUCCAAUGCUAUUACCAAUCUCUGUGCUACUGUGUUUGGGCAACUGUGGAGGCUUGAGCCAAUCUCUCCUGAGAAGAAGUCAUUGUGGAGAAGGGAGAUCGAAUUGCUUCUCUGUGUUGCCAAUCACAUAGUAGAGUUAUUCCUGCUUGGCAAACUUAUGCUGACGGCAGUAAGCUCGAGGUCAUGACUUGCAGACCCAGAUCAGACCUUUUCAUCAAUCUCCCAGCUCUAAGGAAGCUUGACAACAUGCUUCUUGAAGUGUUAGAUAGUUUCACCCACACGGAGUUCUGUAUGUUAUCAAGGGAUUGUAGCUUCAGAUGCGGAUGGCUCAGCUUCCUUUCGGAAAGCUAUUCAACGGCAAGAGGAGAAAUGGUGGCUACCGGUGCCACGAGUCCCUGCUGGAGGUCUAAGUGAAAACUCAAGAAAGCAGUUGAACCACACUCGUGAGUGCACAAAUCAGAUACUCAAAGCUGCCAUGGCGAUCAACGCCACUGCUUUAAUCGAAUGGAUGUUCCUGACUCUUUCUUGGAAUCCCUUCCCAAGAAUGGAGAGCUUGUCUUGGAGACUUCAUAUCGAUACUAACUUCAGAUCAGUUCUAUGCUGAUUGCCUACUCGACUGCCUCGACCUUUCUUCCGAACAUGUCGCUUUGGACCUCGCGAACCGGGUUGAAUCUGCAGUUUUGUAUGGCGACGAAGAGCUCAUCACCCGAAACCGCCCACACUCCAAAACCGGUCUACUACCAGGACGUCAUGGGAGAUGAUGAAGGACUUGAUGAUCGAUGGUGAUAACAAGAGGGAAAUAUUUGCAGAACGAGCAGAAAGCCUCUUGCUUUCGCUGAAGCAGCGGUUUCCCAAUCUAACUCAGACUACACUGGACACCAGCAAAAUCCAGUUCAACAAGGAUGUGGGGAAAUCCAUUCUUGAGAGCUACUCAAGAGUACUGGAGAGCUUGGCAUUCAACAUCCUCGCACGCAUCGACGACUUGCUAUAUGUCGAUGAUCUGACCAAAUGCUCGGACAACAACUCUCAUCGACGCGUCGUCGUGCGUAGACCGGAGAUCCCACGAAAGAACUCCAUGCCGCGCCAGAACGAGAACAAGCCUCUGCAGAAUGUUGUUCCAAAAAAACCUGAUUUUCCCUGUCGUCUUGUACUCUUGUUCGAACUUCCAGUUUCCCUGAGGAAAUCAGAACCACAACCACCCCAAAUUAUUCGCUUCCAUUUUUCCGAUCUCACUUUCUCCCUCCCUCUCGUCGUUCUCUCAACCAGCAAGCAAACCAUGGUGACCAGCAUUCAGAUAACGGCGCUCGACGGCAUCGUCAACGUGAACUCCCUCUUCACCUUCGCCGUCUUCGUGGGCCUCGCCUGGAACCCGACCAGCCCAUCCGACACCCUAAUCGGCGACCCAGCUUGCACCGCCAGCCGCAGCGUCGGCGAGGAUCUCAUCUCAUUCCACGUCUACUCCUUCAGCUGCUUCCUCUUCUCCAGCUUGGUCGCCCUCGCCCUCAAGCAGGCCAUUCGGAUCUCCCGAACCCCCGGUUACUCCAUUACCCAGAACAACCCGCUCCAUCUCCCUGCGGAGUUCCUCGGCCAGGUCAACAAGAACAUCCUUCGGAUCGGAAUGCUCAUCUCCGGCAUCGGAUCUGCUUUGGGGUGCGUGUUCCUGAUGCUGGCUCUGGUCAACGUGGUUCAAGUCAAGCUCGGGACAUUGGGCUGUGGCAGCUACCACAGUUACGCCGCCGUUGUCCCGCUGUCCCUCUAUAAAACCCUUCAACGAUCACAAGCUCAAACCGUGGAGCAAAGAAGUAGUAGUGUACUUGAGAGUGAAGAGAAAAAGGAAAUUAGCAAGAGAGGAGAAGAAAAAAGGAAAGAAAUAGCCAUGGCUGGCAUCUCAAUGAAGUCCUGCAUGUGCCUUGUUGUGUUUGCUGUGUUUCUUGGGAUAUCUGGGUUUGCUGCUGUGGAUGGAGCAGGGGAGUGUGGGAAAUCCACCACCCCUGACAGGGAAGCUUUCAAGCUGGCUCCUUGUGCGUCGGCUGCACAGGAUCAGAACGCUGCUGUUUCGAGCCAGUGCUGCGCUCAAGUGAAGAAGCUCGGCCAGAACCCGGCUUGCCUGUGUGCUGUGAUGCUCUCCAACACUGCGAAGAGCUCUGGCGUGAAGCCUGAGGUUGCCAUGGCCAUUCCCAAACGCUGCAACCUCGCUGACCGCCCUGUGGGUUACAAGUGUGGAGAUUACACAUUGCCUUGAAGUUAUGCAGCUGGAACUGUCGACUCUGUGGUGACCUUUGUAUAAUGUUUUAUGUACUUAGUUGUGCUGAUGAACUGGAGUGUUACAGAGUUGUUGCUUGCUAGUUGAUCUAGCUCAAGCAUAUAUGUACUACUGCUGUGACAUCCAGAUCUAUCCCAAAUAAUGAAUAAUGAUUGGAUCAUAAGAAGUGAAAAUGUUUGCUUUGCUGUUGGUUUUGUGUAGUUUUAUCAUUUUUUGUUGAUUUUAACCCUCUGAAAGUGGGUUUCGAGUAAAUCCGCAACCUAACCGGAAAGACCAGAUCUGGCCUUUGAAUUUGUUGGCAGUUGCCAGCUUUCUGAUCUGGGGUAAUGCCAUUAGGAAG